AUGGAACUCACUGCUGGUGCUCGUGCUGGAUCCGCAUUCAUUGGCAAGACUCCCAACAACCAAGAUGACUUCUUCAUCAUUCGUGGUUGGUAUCGGUCCUAUGGUCUCUACACCGCCAACGCCAGCGACGGGUUUCUCUACGCCGCCAAAAGACCCGAACACGCGAUAGACGAGUCAAAACAAACGUCCAUAAUUAUUGGCAUGCUCAUUGUCAUCCUCGCCAUUGUGCUACCGACCAUCGGACGGCUCGUCAUCAGACUCAAGAAUAAUUCGACAAGGUUUGGCUCCGAUGACUGGGCCAUUCUUGUUGCUGCGUGCCUCGCAGUAGUGUACCCCUGCCUCCAGAUCUCUACAGUCAUCAACAACGGAGCGGGUCGGCACAUUUGGGAAAGCACAUAUGCCGACUACAAUACAUAUGCCUACAAUUUGGGCAUAUGCCAACUCAUCUUCUUUAUUUCCGUCGGUCUCAUCAAGGUCUCGAUUACCCUUUUUGUCAGACGGUUGGCCGACGGAGCAUCGAAGGCAUGGAGGAUCUUUGCCGACGUGUUCUUGGGAACACUAAUCAUCUAUCUUGCCAUGGCACUUUUUUGGUGGGUGUUUAGUUGCUCGCCACCUCGCGCGCGAUGGGACAAGUGGUAUGCGGGCAGCUUGACCGACCCGGCGCACUGCGGAAACCUCGUCAUCCAAGCCAGAACUCUCAGCAUUAUACAUGUGAUACAGGGCUUCAUUCUCCUCAUGUCUCCCGUCAUUAUUCUGUGGCACAUUCGUAUCAACCUGGCCAAAAAGAUCCGCCUGUUUACCAUUUGGCUUGUCGGAGGGAUUUCUGUCCUCGGGGGUUUACUCCAGCAGACAACCACGACUGUCACCAACGACAAUUUCUGGGAAUACACCGUGAUACUUCGGUGGACGGCGCUGGAUCUCGCGCUGGGGAUUAUGGUCGCUUCGCUUCCGGUCCUGGACACCGCCAUCAUGGGCACGUUCCGUUCAUCGACGAACAAGUCUGCUGGAUAUUCCGGCUCCCAUCCCAACCCACGCGGUGGUUCGAAUCGCUGGACGGGCCAUCGAGGCAACCUGGUCGCAAAUCAAGCACCAAAUAAUGACGACACGGAGUCGGUAGAACAUAUCAUGUUAACGACAAAAUCUGCAAAUAGAUGA